UGCUAAAGAUAUGCCAGUGACUGACACAAUGGACCCAAUCCGCCGCAAUCCUCUUCUGGAAAUUACCAAAUGUGAGAUGUGCUUCAAUUUGGUGUACCAUUUACCGACUGGACUGUGUGCCCGCUGCUUCACUAUUUGGGCCGGAAAGAAACCAAUGGACGGACUGAGACUGACCGUCGACCAAUCGAAGGCUCUCCUUGUGAGCUUUGUUCGCCGUUCGGUUGCCCAGGAUAAGAGCCAAAUGAACCCCACGUUCCAACGCGUGAUUGCGGAGUUCCAGCUCUCCGUACUCACCGGACCCUUCUGCGACAAGAAUCCCAAAUACGAAGUCAAUGAAGACUAUUGGAAUGUGCCGGAUAUCGUGGAUGAAGACAUGGUGAUGUUUCAGCACAAUAUCGACCUGCUUGCAGAUAUACCCACCGUUUCUUCAGAAUCGGAUAUCGUGGAUGAAGACAUGGUGAUGUUUCAGCACAAUAUCGACCUGCUUGCAGAUAUACCCACCGUUUCUUCAGAAAAUAGAAAAGAAAAUUUGUAGCUGCUAUCCACUUUUAAUGCAAAUGAAAGUACAAAUAUUUUUAUAGAAAUAUACAUAUAUACAUUUUGAUAACGUGAUAUAAUAAA